CGGGCCUCACUUUUGAAUCAGUCUAUACCAUGAGUAAACCUUGGAGUAUAUAAGUCCAUGAUCUAACCAGGCAAGAACUUCCGAACCGGACAGGAAUAUAUCGCCUAUGGUAUAGCUAAUGUAGACAGAAGCACCAUAACAUCGAUCUACAGUGAAACACUUGCGAGCAUGUGAAUUAUCAUCUGUUUACAUGACAUGUUUUGAAUGCUUGCUUAUCUACAUGCUGAUGCCUUGAGUUAUCUCUACGAAUGCUUGUGACUUUUGGACCGGCAGAAACUUGGCGUUGAUUAUAAGUGGAAUACUAUAUACAAUUGGAUUUUUCCCUUCGUGCUUGAGCUGACAUGAAUGUUGGUUGUGCUCUUCUCAUAUUCGAAAGCAGGUGAAGCUGGAGCCUGUGUAGGAUUGGGGGUGAAGUCAUGGCGGGUGACAGUAGGACCCCAGGCCGAGAAUCUUGGGUGAUUACAUUGCGGGUAAAAGCUGGCAAUGACCAAUGUGCUGACUGUCGUGAUUGUGACUGUGAAAAAUGCGGUUUUCCAGAUCCUGUUUGGGCGUCGACUGAUCUUGGAAUAAUUGUUUGUGAUGAAUGUAAAUCACUUCACGAAUCUGUGACAAAAGUAGAAUUCAAAUCUAUCCUGAGUAGCCAUGAAUGGACCGAAGAAGAAUCAAAGAAAAUGGAGGCGACAUGCAAUAAGGAAAUGAACGAGAUUUAUGAAAAACGAGCACCACCGGGAUAUCAGAAACCAACAAGAUGCUUCAACAGGGCUUUUCGGGAACACUGGCUGGUAUCUAAAUACAUCAAACGUCAUUUCAUGGCUGUGGAGAAGGAGUCUCUAUUCCCUAAACUACCAAGUAGAACAGAGAACAUCUCAACCAGUGUUCCAGCUUACCUGAAGAUAGGAAAGAAGACUGGUUAUCUAUGGAAACGAGGACGGGAUGAUGAUAUGUUCCAGAAGAGAUGGUUUGAAUUCAGCAUUGGUAGUCAGUCUGGUAUGCGGGCAUCACUGGUUUACUACACGGAUGCAAAUAAGCAGAAUCUUCGAGGAGAUGUGAGUCUGAAGGAUGUACAUGUAUGCCUUGCUUCAGAAGAUAAGAUACGCCAUCCCAACGGUUUACAGUUCAUUAUAGAAGAAGAGAGUAAAGUAAGGAUGAUCUACCUUUAUGCCGAUCUCGAGAAGGAUAUGAUAGAGUGGUACCAAGCUAUUUGCAUUGUCAAGUUCUGGGUUGCCAGGUUCAACACCACAAUGGAGUCUAGACAACCUAUCGAUGAACAGCAGAUUCUCCGAAAUCUGAACCAUGAAAUUCUCUUGGAAGGCUCUUUACAGAAGACUGAUAGUUCAGCUAGGAGGGCUUUCAGGAGAAGAUGGUGUAUCCUUUACGGUAAAAGCUUCAUGUACUUCAACAAUGAGCUGGACGCUAAUCCUAUCAAGGUAGUCAGACUAGGUUCCCACACUGAAGGUUUUUCAUUGAUAAUGACCGGUGAUCAUCAUCCUCAAUGGCCCAAGGGUGGCUUUCAUUUUCUUCUGAAGACUCCUGGAAGAGUGUUCACUUUCAGCGCAGAUACAGAAUCAGAGAGACAAGCCUGGUAUCGAGCCCUCUUUAGGGCGUGUAAUCCAAACAAGUGUCAAGCUCGGCCGCAACCACCGCCUAGGCCUUCAAGUAGAAACCCUUUACCAUCUCCUCCAACCAAGGUACAAUUGAACUCAAGAUCAACGAAGGACUCCUUGCCCGACGUCCCUAAGGUUGAUAUACAAAAACCCGCAGUUCCGCAGCCCGAAGUUCCGAAGCCCGAAGUCAAGCAAAGAGUUAUCUCACAAGUUUCGGUUCCAUUGCUUGAUCCACCGAUACCAAGCCCCCGUUCCCAUUCACCUGCUAGGAGAAUAAGCUCCGAUGUCUCUGACAGAGACUCACAAGGAUAUCUUCAACCAAUCUUCAGACCGAGUUCUGACGGCGUUCCACCGCCAGUCAUGCCAAGGCCACCGGAGACACUUCCUGGCUACGUCCCACGUAUCGACCGACAAAAUAGCGAUGUACAAAGCGACGACGAUGACUUCCCUGAUGCAUCGAGCGAGAGUGAGAACGAGGAAGUUGCCUACAUUGAAAUGGACGUCGUACCGAUCAUUUGCACAAAGGUGGACGGUCAUGGGACAUGCGUGAAGGCAUUUGGUUUCUGUCUUAGGAUACCACACGGAGCCAUAGACACUCCAAAAGAGAAUAAAUGUUUUAUUUCUGUGACACCACAUCAGCGGGAAUGCCCAGUGUUCAACGAUAACGACCUACCUGGCAUCAAUGCUUGCAGCGCCCACGUCGUUGAAUGUCGGAGUUUCAACUACCACAGACCGCUUUUGAAACCUUUGCAGUUAGAGAUACCUCAUUGUGCUAACAUCGGUGACCUGAACAAAUGCAGAGUUACUCUGUGGCAUAAAACACUUCAGAGUGACGAAACCCUUGACUGUUGGCGAGAGGUACCCGAGACGAAUGCGGCCAUCACAUGCCGUGUAAAGCAACGUUGUCUUCAACUCACCACUAUCCAUCUGGGAAGCUAUACAUUCCUUUUAGAUGGUCCAGGAAUACUUGGAAAGGCGAUGCAGAUGGCUAUUUUCACCCGAGCCAGUGCUCAUACAGAGGUCGUUACAGCGCAUAUCUAUUUCUUCAAUAAUAUCAGCAGUGACUCUGUAUGGACGAACAUUGAAGAGAAAGAGUUCAAUGCCGGCGCCAUAUUGAGUGACGUCAGUACAUCAUUUUCAAUCCAGAGAGAUGGGAGUGAUCUGUCGUUGACCUUACAUGACCUUGAUGGUCUCCAACUAGAUAAUGGUCAACCAGAUGUGCUGACGGUCCCCCAGAAGAAGCUCUGGCAGUCUCCAUUCACCAUGUUGGUUGUUAAGUUUAUCAACACAGCUCACCAAGGAAAGGCUAAUAUCACUCUCAAACAGACAGAUUCUACCGGGGGAGACAGCUGGCAGGAAAAUGCAGUGUUCAGUUUCUUAGCUGAUUGCAUUGUUUUUGUAGAAACACUCAUGGAGGAAACGCAUACGGAGCAUGGUGCAUACUGCACGCCUUUCGACAUUGCCAAGUGGCAGGCCCAAUCUCAACACCUCAUAACACCAGCUCCCGGCUCUCGGGAUUCCAUCAUUGCAGGGGAAGAUGCCUACGUGCAUCUUGACUUUUACCCGCUUCCCGCCCGCCACACGUCGGAACGCCGCGAGGCGCAAAGGAAACAGAGCCUUCGACACUACCACGCCUCCCUCCUCAGACAGCGCCUCGCCCCACUCUCCCGGACCACACCCCGCGGCUUUCAGAAGAAAUAUCAGGGCGGGUCGGAAGGGGAGGCCUCAUCCUCGACAACGACGAGUGAAACGAGCACGGAUGGGAGUGGCCAAGCCACACAAUCUUCUUCCAUACCACAGGGGUUGAAGGAAGACCUGAGUCAGCUUCUUGAUGAUUUGGCAGAGUAUGGAAACGACUGGAGCAUGUUAGCACGCUAUCUAGGUUUGGACCAUCUCAUGCACCGUUUUAUCGUGAGCUCCCGUCCAACGAUAACACUACUAGACUGCUGUGAAAGUAUGGGCUAUACAUUGGCUUACAUUGAAGAAGCAGUAAAAGCCAUCGAACGAAAAGAUGCAGCCAGUCUCAUAUCGAACUAUAUUAGCCGCAAACAAGGAAGUUUGAACUGAUAUUUCAACAGUACUAACAAACACAGUGUCUUGUUAUUAUCAAAUUUGAUUAAUUUUAUUAGAAUAUAAAGAGCUCUUAUUCUCAAGGGUUUACGCGAUUCAGAACAGGAACAGGACGAAGACCGUAUGUCCCUUAUCGUGCGAUUUGAACGCUAUUAGUACAGUUCUGGAUGAGAUUCUCUUGAUUCGUUAACAAUGAAAUUCAUUUUAAAUGCAUAAAUACAAUUAUGUGGAUCACGAAAGCGUGAAUAAAAGACAUUUUUUACGACAACGAUAUCCCCCCCCCCCACAAAUCAUUCCUACUGUGAACCAUAGACAUAUAGGUCCAUGGUUCAACAGAGGACGUAUAAAAUACCAAAAAGUGGCGUUUCGGAAUAGCGGAACCCAGGAAAAGUGAUAAAAUUGCGCCCCCUCUAGUUCAUAGAGUGGCUCAUGUGGUUGUUCCUGAUACUAUUUUUUCUUCUUCUUUUCUCCACUUUUCUUCAAAUUUUCUUCAGAUUUUGUGCCCUUUACAGCUGAAAAUUUCGAUCGGAAGUUUAGUAUAAAGUACCCAAAUCUAAUGAUAACCAGAAGAUGGGACAAUAGCGUGAUUUAAUAUGUUCAACUCAGCUCUAUAAAAAUGGUUUAUUCUGUAUAAAUAAGAUUCUGAAAUUGAAUUUUUAAUAUGUGAUUAUACAGGGUCUGUAAAUACUUAAAGCAACUUCUCUUCUUGCUUCAUUCCCUUUUGAAAAAGGAGUCUGUUGAAACAUAGUGCUUAUAAAAGUAAAACUUUCUGAAAUACAUAAAUAGUCUAAAGAGAGUAGAUAAGUUAAAAUUGACUUAUAAUGGUCUUGUAUUUUUCCUUUUUUUUCUUCGGGAUGGGGUAUAAAUGUAAGAUUAAAUACAAAACUUGCGUAAAAUACAAUACAGUAAUCCAGGCGCUUCGUAUUAUUUGAUAUUGUCUUAGAAGUGCAAAUCUACAUGGUGUUUGCCUAAUGUUAUUAACAUAGACGAUAUCGCUAUAAUGCGACGUGCUGAUUCGGAAAAUAAAAUCAUCUGCUUGUGUAAUUCAUUAUUAUCUAUUUUUUGUACAAACUGUAACUACUAAGAAGUUGUAUUACGGUAGCGAGGGUAUAUACGAGAAUAUAUAUUUUUAUUAUAUAUAUUCAAACAUAUGUAAUUCUUUUAAAUUUGUUGAUACUCAAAUCAAACAACUCGGUAGUGAUUUAUAGGGUCUAUUGCGUCCUCGUUCAUAGCUAUGUCUUCAAUGAUAAAAACACAAAGAUAAAUUAUGAUUUUAAGAAAAGCUAUUGGAACGCGUUUACAUGGUUGAAUUACUGAUCCACUUGUAUGUGGUAUUUUUAAGUUGAUAGUAAAGCAGGGUAAUUUUCUUUACUUAUUUUUUCCCCUUAGUUCAUGAACUAUAUCAUCAUCAAGUCGUGACAAUUUGAUAGAGAUAUAGGCAUAUAUAAUAGACAAAAUCGGGAUGAAUAUUGAUGAAGGGGUCGGACGAAAUGGAAAUGAAAUAUCCAUCUGUACGCUAAUCAACGCAUUAUUAUGGCAUUUUGUGGUUCAGUUUCUCAUUAUUAUUAACAUGAUUGAUGUUUCCAAACCAAUUAAGUCACUUAGAUAUGGUUACCAUUACCAUACUAUUAAAAACCACAAUUAUAAAUGAAAUAACAAUGUAAUCUGGAACUUUCGUCAUGGGGACUUUUUCAUAAACACGAUAUAGUUAUUUUUAAAGUUAAGCUUAAUCUUACAAACAGCUGAAAUAUAAAGUCAAAUAAUUAUGCUUGUCGGCUUAAAUGCAUUACCCGAAGCAGGAAUAGUUUUAUAAAUACUGUUACUAUUAUCAAACAUUUUCAGGUCAAUGCACAUAAUCUGCUAUCAUGAUUGUUGUGUUGGAUUUAUAUAAUGACGGAUACCAUGGUUACUGAAUGAACAUUAUUUACAUUGGUUGAAAAUCAACUAGCGAUUGAUUUGAGAAGUUGUGUUUGAUCUCAAUUCUUUCUGUAUAAUGGAUCCCUGUUGUUUAUGAAACAAGUGAUUUGAAAUACAGCAUUUGUAAUAAUUGUUUAUGUCAUAAAUGCAUCAAGCUUGUAUAUUAAUAUUACAACAUAUACCAGCGAAUGUAAAACAUUUUGAAAUUUAAAUGUUAUGUGGUUCUCUGUCAAACGUAUCACUCAAAUUCUUAUUUUUUGUACUGAAACUAUUUUUAUAACGUAUAUUACCAAGAAUUUAUAUACUAUUUUAGUCCGUGAAUUGAUGAUUAUAUUUGUCUGUUCAAUUGUUGAGAGGUGAUGGGCUCAUGUCUUGAUAAAUUUGUUGAAAAUUAUC